GGAGAAUCCCCUCCCCUGCUUGCUUACAGGCUCCUGUUGGAGUAAAGGGGGGGCUCCGCCGUGCUUGUUGGAACGAGGAGCUGGAGAACUUGUACAUCUCCCCAUCCGCCCGCCGGCUCCGCCACCUCCAGGAAGGGCUCCCCGUACACAUAGAGCCCCGUCCUCGGUCCCGGCAAUGAGCAGCCGCUGACCGGCAACUUUACAGCCCGUGGGAUGGAGGCUGCCCCGUCCUCUGGAAGAUAAUGUGGCCGUGACCGGAUUGCAAACCCAUCAGAGAAAGCGGCGACCCAUCACCUCCAGGCGACAGAGGGGAAUAAUGGCUUCAUGUGGCCGGCGGCGCCCGGCUCUGCUACCUCUGCACAUGCUGGGAGUCCUACUGGUGUUAGAUGCAGCAGAGCGGUGUCCAGCAACAGAUGGGACCAGGCUGCAGUCCUCCAUGCCAAAUGUGUGUCCAGAAAGAGAACUGUCUAUCGUUGCUCACAAACAGCCAGUGGUUGAGGCCUACAGCCGAAUGGUGAAAGUUUGGAAACAAGGAUGUGCAGGACAGAUAUGGUGUGUUGGCUAUGAGCGGAGAACUGCGUACUACACUACAUAUCGACAGGUGUACAGCCGGGAGUAUCAGACUGUAAAUAAGUGCUGUCCUGGAUGGUCACAGCUGAACGGGGAGGCAGGCUGUCAGCACUCGGCCUGCAAUUCCGGAGUCUGUUUCAAUGGAGGAAACUGCGUUGAAGGAUCUUCCCAGCGCUGUCUAUGUCCUGCAGGCUUCCAGGGACCUCGCUGUCAAUAUGAUGUCAAUGAAUGUGAAAAUAGUAAUGGCGGAUGUGAAGUGCAAUGUUGUAACACCAUCGGGAGCUUCUACUGCAAGUGUCCUGAAGGUCAAACUCUGAAAGAAGACGGAAAAACCUGUCAAGAUGUUGAUGAAUGCCAAGUCCAUAAUGGAGGAUGCCAGCAGCGGUGUGUCAACACCCCGGGGUCAUAUCACUGCGAGUGCAAAUCGGGCUUCCGUAUCCAUGCAGAUAGCAGGUCAUGCAUUACGCUGUACUCCUGCUCCAUGGGAAAUGGCGGCUGUGAGCACGACUGCGUCCAGAUCACCGUGGCUCAUUACCAGUGUCGCUGCCGACAGAAUUACCAGCUGAAGGAAGACGGCAAACGCUGCGAAUUGAAUAACCCAUGUUCAACCAGAAACGGAGGCUGCAUGCACCAGUGUACCAAUGAUGGAGGACGGGGGAAAUGCUCGUGCCACCCCGGGUACAGGCUGGCAGCUGAUGGAAAGACAUGUGAAGACAUUAAUGAAUGCGUGACCGGCCUGGCCAUGUGUGCUCACAGCUGUCUCAACACUCGAGGUUCCUUCCACUGCGGUUGUAGCCCUGGAUAUGAGUUAGGAGCUGAUGGGAGACAGUGCUACAGGAUAGAAAUGGAAAUCAUCAACACUUGUGAGAUCAACAAUGGCGGCUGUUCUCAUGAAUGUCGACACAGCAGCACUGGCCCCAUGUGCGUCUGUCCACAGGGGUUAGAUCUGGACACUGAUGGAAAGACGUGUGUAGAUGCCGAUGAGUGCGCCAAUGGUGCUUCCUGCUGUCAGCAAGAGUGCUCCAAUUAUGUCGGGGGCUACGAGUGUGCCUGUUACUCUGGUUACCGCCUCAACAUGGACGGCUGUGGAUGUGAUGAUGUAAAUGAAUGCUUAUCAAACAAUGGAGGAUGCCAUCAAGUUUGCGAAAAUCUUCCUGGAUCGUUCCAGUGUAGCUGUAAUCCUGGAUACAGACUGAACACUGAUGGAAAAGGCUGUAGUGGUCUUCAGGAAACUAAUCCCGGGCAGCACCCUGCUGAACACUCCAUUCCCCAGGUGACAUUAUUGCGGGAUGAAUUCUCCCAGAUAUUUGAUGAUGAUUAUGAUGAAGAUGAAGAAGCAGAACUGCGAGGAGAACACACACUGUCUGAGUCAUUCGUGUGUUUUGAUGGCACGUUUGGCCCAGACUGCACGCUGACCUGUGACGACUGUCGGAAUGGCGCUACCUGUACCAUAGAAGAGGACAGCUGUGUGUGCACUGCAGGGUGGACUGGACUUAUCUGCAACCAGACUUGCCCAGAAGGAACGUUUGGUCUGAAUUGUAGCCAGAAAUGUAACUGUAAAAAUGGAGGAACGUGUGACGCCAUCACUGGGCAAUGCCGCUGCCCCCAGGGAGUGAGCGGGGAGUUCUGUGAGGAUGGUUGCCCAAAAGGAUAUUAUGGUAAAAACUGUAAGAAGAAAUGUAACUGUGCCAACAAGGGCCGAUGCCACAAAAUCCAUGGAGCCUGUCUGUGUGAGGCUGGCCUGUAUGGACGUUACUGCCACUUAGUUUGCCCAAAGUGGACUUAUGGACCCGGCUGUUCGAAAGAGUGCACUUGUGUACAGAGCAACACACUGGAAUGUGGUAAAAGGGACGGGAUGUGCACCUGUAAACCCGGCUAUCAGGGAGCAUCCUGUGAAAAUAAAUGCGACUCAGGAUUUUAUGGAGUUGGCUGCAAAAAUAAAUGCACCUGCCAGCAAGACGUAUCCUGUGACCACACAAGUGGGAAGUGUCUGAAACAAUGUCCUCAGGGAUACCACGGGGACAACUGUGACCAAGAAUGCCCGGCAGGGACGUAUGGACUGGACUGUCUGAAAUCCUGUUCUUGUGGAGGAGCUCCGUGUCACCACGUUGAUGGAACUUGCAUUUGCCCAUCUGGUAAAACUGGCUCAGACUGCUCUAAAGAUUGCCCCAUAGGACGAUGGGGGGACAGCUGUCAAGAGAUCUGUCCGCUGUGUGUCAAGAAUGGCAGCUGUGACCCUGCCACAGGAAAGUGUAUCUGUAAGCCAGGAUACACUGGAGAUCACUGCAGGGACAGCUGCCCCGCUGGUUGGUUUGGGCAUGGCUGCCAGUCACGAUGCCUCUGCCAAGUUCAUAGCGAGUGUGACCCUGUAACCGGCAGGUGUGUGUGCCCACCCGGAUUUACAGGACACAACUGCAGGAGAGCUUGUGAUAGCGGUUACUGGGGAGCGGACUGUGUUCAUAGCUGCAACUGCAGCAACAGUGACUGGGACUGUAACCCUGUGACGGGGGAUUGUGUCUGUGAAUCCGGAUACACUGGAAGGCAGUGUGAUCAGAAGUGCCCAGCCGGCUGGUAUGGUUCAGACUGCAGGCACCAGUGUCAGUGUGAAAACGGGGCCAUCUGCGACCACGUGAGUGGAGCCUGCACAUGUGCCCCAGGCUGGCGAGGGACCUACUGUGAAAUUGCAUGUCCAGAAGGAUUCUAUGGUACUGACUGCACCAACAGCUGCCAGUGCGCCAAUGGUGCCAGCUGCGACCAUAUUGCUGGGACCUGCACAUGCCAAGAUGGUUGGUUAGGACCUACAUGCAAUAAAAAAUGUGAAGACAACAGAUAUGGAAGAGGCUGCAAGGAGACAUGUCUAUGUGAGAAUGGCGCCAAGUGUAACCAUGUCAGCGGGACGUGUAUUUGUGCGCCAGGGUGGACUGGACCACGCUGUGAGCAAGCUUGCCAAGGUGGUUUUUAUGGAGAGAAAUGUCUUCACCAAUGUAUCUGCAGACACGGAGGAACCUGCAACCACGUCACAGGACUCUGUAUUUGUCCUAAAGGUUGGACAGGAUUGGCAUGUGAAGUGGAAUGUUCUCCAGGAAAAUUUGGAAAUGAUUGUCUGCAAAACUGCACUUGUCAAAAUGGUGGGCUAUGUGAUCAUGGCACAGGCGCUUGUAAGUGCCCAGCGGGGUGGACUGGAGAAUCCUGUGAGACUGCCUGUCCAGCAGGGAUGUUUGGAGUCCAGUGCCUGGAGAAAUGUGAAUGUCGAUAUGGUAAUUCCUGUCACCAUAUCACCGGUGCCUGUGACUGUCCCACAGGAUGGAGAGGAAAACAUUGUGAUAAGCCUUGUCUCCCGGGCUUAUAUGGUGAUCAGUGCUCACAGCUUUGUAGCUGCCCCCAUGGAACCCCAUGUAAUCACAUCAGUGGGGAGUGUGGCUGUCCACCCGGAUUCACAGGCAAUGGAUGUGACCAAACGUGUGUUCCAGGAACUUAUGGCUUGAAUUGUGGAAAUAUAUGUCAAUGUCCUGGUCAGCAUCAAGACUGCCACCCAGUGACCGGGGAGUGUAUCUGCUCACCAGGCUACCACGGACACACGUGUCAACUAAGAUGUGCCGGUGGAUAUUAUGGCCGAAACUGUGAGCAUGAAUGCAAAUGUAAGAAUGGCGGCCAUUGUGAAGCGAAUACUGGAGCGUGCCGUUGUCCGGCGGGUUACCUCGGGGCUGAUUGUGACACUGUGUGUCCUCCAGGGAGAUACGGAAAUGGAUGCGUCCAUGUGUGUCACUGUGGUCCUAAUGGAUCCUGUGAUCAUGUGACUGGCGAUUGCGUCUGUGCGCCUGGAAGAAGAGGAAAGAACUGCGAACACGUCUGCGCCAAAAACUACUUUGGGGAAAACUGUCAGCAGAUUUGCUCCUGUAAAAAUGGCGGAUUGUGUAACCCGACCAACGGAACGUGCAGCUGUGGUCUGGGAUGGAUGGGAGUCACGUGUGAGGACGGAUGUCCUCCUGGGAAAUAUGGAGCCGGCUGUCGGAUGGAUUGUUCCUGCCUGAACAAUGGGACGUGCGACAGAGUAACUGGAACCUGUCACUGCUCCAGAGGAUUCUUUGGAAACGCAUGCCAACACCGUUGUCCUGGUGGUUUCCAUGGAAACAAAUGCCAGGAAAUGUGUGACUGUGAAAAUGGAGCAUUGUGUGACCCGGUGACAGGGACCUGCCACUGCCCAGCUGGUUUCUAUGGAGACAGAUGUGAAAAAGGCUGCAGCUCAGGGACAUUUGGAGAGAACUGUGAGAAGAUUUGUGAGUGCGAAGGGAACGGACCUUGUGACCCGGUGACUGGAGCUUGCUUUUGUCCACCUGGAAAGAUGGGAACAACCUGUGAUCUAGACUGUAGGUUAAAUCGCUAUGGACCAAACUGCAGCCUGAGCUGUGAAUGUGGCUGGAACGCACAGUGCAAUGCCCUGACUGGAGGAUGUAUCUGUCUCAACCGCUUCAUAGGAACCACCUGCCAAGAGGGAGGCCCUCCCCCGCUUAUGUCAGCUCAGCUACAAGCGCUUAACCAUGUACAGCCUCGACCAUCACAUCAAUCUUCAGUUAGAUAUUUAAUACAUUAAACCAAACAUUGGCCAUAAACUCAUUCUUGGAGUAAAAUCCAUUGCAGGCACCAUCAUAAAACCACUAUCUAAAUGGGAUAAUGUUCAUUUAUGUCCAUACUGGAGAGACAAUUUUGGAGGAACGAACUUUUGAAGAUUCAUUAUUAAGGGAAGCCAAGAUUGAACAUACGUGAUAAGUUGUGCCAUGAGAAGACCACCAUUGACAUGACACUGAGGUCUUCUGUGGAUCAAUGUUCCACCCCUGCUGUCUUCUGCUCUAAAACAGAACAUCAUAAAGUCAUUGGCUCAAGAUACGCAAUCCUCAUUUGUCUUGAAUUAAAUAUGGACCAACAGAUCCCUGGAGACCUUGGGUUCAACUGACCUUUUUGACGUCUUGGUCCCUACCGUUCAUGACCUGUUUGCCUGAUACAUAGUUAGGGAGUCUGUUCAUGGUGACUUUAUGAGCCAGAUUCUUGAAGCUCAGCCAAAGGGUCACACACGUUUGGUGACCAUAUGUCGUCUUGCAUUAUCAAAAGAAUGCCAGGUCUGAGGUUGUUGACAUCUUGCCAUCUACAAAUCUGUCCAUGUAACCGCAACACAUUUUCACUAGCUAUAUAUCUUGUAGUGUUUGGUGACAACCAAUAUGGUUGCCAAUUCAGCCUCACAGUGGUCGUCACAAAGCUUUUUCAGAGCCCUAAACGGUUAAUUUUGCCUAAUGAUGCAGAAGUGUGGGAGCGGAGGAUGUAUGACUACCUGCCAUUGUCAAAUCGUCUUAGUUGCAGUGGUGGACCAUUUUGGGCCACCCACCAUUCCUAGGAACAGAUACACGGUUGCUUCAGCAGUGAAGAUAGCAGCUGAGGUCUCAGAGCAGUGAGAGUAACGAUCUUUAGUUGUGUAAGGUGUUAAUAUACAACUGGAGGGAUUGUACUCGUAGGAAAAUGUGCAAAUAAUUUUGGUGCUUUAAAAAUACACAAGCUUUUCCUUAGUACUUGAAAUACUGUCCCAGAGAAGACGAGACCUUGCUGAGGCCUGCUGGCUGUAGGAUGUGAUGUUUGGGUUUUGUAACUAAGAGGUACUAUACUAUUUUGUGAAUUUUUAACAGCUAUUGAAAAAGGUUUUCAGCACCUCCGCUUGCGUUCAGUAAAUGGGAAAACUUUUAUACAGCUGCAGUUUGUAACUGUGUAUCACUGUAAGUAGGGCACCAGUGAAGACUUUCACACGGCAGUAUGCUGCAUCAGUAUCGUGGUACACUGUAAGGCCUCUGUUCCGUUGUUGCAGGUUCCGUUUGUGGAACCAUUCAUUUCAAUAGUUCGCGCAAAAAAAAACGGAAUGUACUCAGUAUGCAUUCCGUUUCCGUAUUUCCGUUCCACUAAAAGGUAGAACUUGUCCUAUUAUUGUCCUCAAAUAACGUUCAGUGGCUCCAUUCAAGUCAAUGGGUCCGCAAAAAAUACGAAAUGCAAACGGAACACAUCCACAUCUCAUCCUUUUUUUGCGGAUCCAUGCCCACUUUGCCCAUGUGUUUACUGUUUACAAACAUUACUGUACAUUACAGUAAUGAUUACAAAUUUUAUGUUUCCAUUUGCAAUCCGCAAAAAACAGAUCGCAUUUUUGCAGCAAAAUGGAAUGGAAAUCGAAACACAAUGGAAACAAAAACCGGAACGGAUCCGUGAAAAACGGGCCACAAAACACAGCAAAAGACAUACGAUCGUGUGCAAGAAGCCUAAGGCCCCUUUCAGAUGAACGAGUUCCACCCAUUGGACUUGCAGCGUGUCAGGGAGUGCACCCGUCCUAACCUCUCAGCCCUGACGUGUCGCAUGUAACCCUUACAAUUCUGGAAUGUAUUGGAUAACACUGACAGCAUUAUGUCAGUGUUAUACAAUACAUCCCAGAACUGUAAGGGUUACAUAUCAUCAUAAAUCAGUGUAAUGCUAUGCGACCCCGUCAGUGCUGGGAGGUCAGUACGGCAGCUGCUGCAUACUCACGCAGUGAGUCGGAUACGUGGGACUCACUCGUCUGAAGGGUAUGUUCACAGGACAGAUUUUGAAUAUGUGCCUACAAUAUU